CUCUCUCCGACAAUCCCAUUCUCGAUGCCGGAAGUCGCUUCCAAACGGCGAAAAUUCCUCCACAAAAACAAAACCAGAAGAAAAAUCAAAUAGCAGAAACAAAACCAAUACCAAAACCAGAUUGAAAAAUCAAACAGCAAAGAGAGAGAGAGAGAGAGAGAGAGAGAGAGAGAGAGAUGGAAGGCGGAGGGCAGGGGAGCGGGGGUAGCGGCGGUGGCCCUGCUCCGUUCCUGUUGAAGACAUACGACAUGGUGGACGAUUCUUCAACGGACGAGAUCGUCUCGUGGAGUUCUAACAAGAACAGCUUCGUCGUCUGGAACCCACCUGAGUUCGCUCGCCUUCUCCUCCCCACCUACUUCAAGCACAACAACUUCUCCAGCUUCAUCCGUCAGCUUAACACCUAUGGAUUUCGAAAGAUUGAUCCAGAGAGAUGGGAGUUUGCAAAUGAGGAUUUCUCAAAGGAUCAAAAGCAUCUCCUCAAGAACAUCCACCGGCGGAAACCUAUCCACAGCCACAGCCAGCAGCACUCCUUUGGCGAUCCGGAACGGUCUGCAUUCGAAGAAGAAAUCGAGCGGCUCACGCGGGAGAAAACUGCCCUUCAGUCUGAUCUGUGGAAAUUCAAACAACAGCAGCCAGGAAUGAAGCUUCAGCUGGAAGAUUUGGAGCGGCGUGUGCAUGAAAUGGAACAGAGGCAGCUGCGAAUGAUGUCAUUUUUGGCAAAGGCAAUCAAUAACCCAGCUUUCGUGGAUCAUCUUAUUCGGAUGGCAGGCUCCUCGGUUGACUUUGAAGCAAUUAAUAAGAAGAGGCGAUUGCCAAAAGUAGUCGAUUACUGUCAGGAAGUUGAGGAGAAUAGCUACAUAGACAACCAUAGCAGUAAUUCAAAGCCCGAGGCUGGGCAUGCUUUCCACCAGGAUUUCCAUAAUAAGCUGAAACUCGAAUUAUCACCUGCCGUCUCUGAUAGUAAUUUGGUAUCUGCGAGUAUGCAGAGCUCCACUGAAGAUGGGGUCACUCCAAAACCAUCAGAAGGAGCACCGAUAGAUGCAAACAUGAGAACAGAAGGGCUUUCUUCUUUUGCACCUGAGACAUUAGAGCUCUCAGAUACCGGGACAUCUUUUUCGCUGGGAAUGAAUAUUUCGCACUCAAGGCAACUGAGAACAAACGAAAGCCCAGACCUACAUGGCCUGCGGCGUUGUUUGGCUACUGUUGAAGACUGUGACAGCCAGAUCUCCUGCCAACUGAAUCUGACACUCGCUUCUUCCCCAUUGCAAGUCAAAAACAGUUAUUAUCCAGAUAGAGUUCCCCUCUCCUCAGGUCUAGACAUUGGUACUUCCACGGCUGAGUUUAGGUCUAUUGCCAAUGGUAAAGAACCAUUUACUGGUGUGAAGAGUCGAAGCUUUGGUGAUGAGGAUGCAAGCAUGUCAUCUUUGCGAGAGGCCCCAACUAAUAAUACUAUUGAUAACAAUAAUCAAGGGCCUGCCGCUGCUCAGGGGCGAGUGAAUGAUAUGUUCUGGGAACAGUUUCUGACUGAAAGACCCGGCUCUUUGGAAAAUGAAGAGGCAAGCUCUAGCUUUCGUGCAAACGCUUGCGAUGAUCAAGAAGAGAGAAGGACAGGCAGCAUAAAGUCAUGGAGAAGCAAAAGAGAUAUGGAGCAGCUCACGCUCUGAUAUUCUCAAGAUGCGAUACAAAUCCAUGGAUGAGGACAUCACUUGGGAUGGUUCCACUGAUUACAUGUAAGCUCUCACAUCCGACAAAAGAUAUGCCUCAUUUGCAAUUAUGUUAAUGAAUCAUCUGACCACUGAGGUGAGUCCAUCCAUUGGUGUAUAUGAGUAGCAUCACAAAGAAAGGAACACCCAUUGUUUCUAGGGGAUUUCUUCAAAUUAAUAUAAAAUAUGGUAAUUUUGGCUA